AUGUCCUUCUCGUUCUUUCACCAACACUUGGAGAACAAAACUAAUCUUCAGGAAGUUAUCCGUGCCAAGUUGGAUUUGAAGGAUUUAGAAAAAGAUAAUGAAGAGACAAUCACGAAAAUUCAUAUUCUAAAAAGUAAAACGAAAUUACAGAAGGACAUGGCGAAUUUAGCAAUAGAAUAUCAAGAAGCGAAAUUUAAAGCAGAAGUAGAAGCAGAAGCAGAAGCAGAAGAGACAAAUGGAUUGAUUUAUUAA